AUGCCGUCCUCUGGACGCAACCUGCCUGUCCCUCCUCUCUCGCCUCUCAGUCCGCGGCGCCCCUCGUAUCCACAUGAUACUCCCACACCAGACAACGGCGGCGCACCUACCAGUCCAUACCGUCGCGGACAUUCUCGCUCCAUCUCCCUCACCUCCCCAUUCUCCGGCAGAAAGCAGAAAGGGGGCGCCUUAGACAUCUGGGAUUCUGAUGAUUCCGAUGAUGACGAUUUCACCCCUUUGGAGUCUGCGUCGACAAGUCCCCGGAAAGGACUGCAGACACGAGGCCUUAUCGGCGACGAUUUGGCCACCGGCAAGUGCGCGACAUGCAAUGCAACAGUCCGGUGGCCGCGAAAUAUGAACUCCUACCGAUGUACGGCGUGCCUGAUGGUCAACGACCUGGAAACCAGCAAGGAUGUGAAAAGCCCGGGUGAUACAGAGCUUAGGGUUCCGAUUUCCUCAAAUCCUACCAACACCUCACCACCAUCCCGUUUGCAUAAGAAAGAGGUUCCUUUGUCAAUUGAUUAUACCCGUGUACUCAUUGAGACAUGCGUGUCGGCCUAUUUUCGGGGUCUUUUAAAUGGUGCGGACUCGGCUAGGUUACCACCCAACGAUAAUCGACCUGGAAGGCCGCGUGAUCCAAGACUUGAGGGCUCGGUAUCGGGUGCUGCGCACAGUUCUGCCGGCACAUAUCUUUCGGCAUCUCGACCAGGUGAUUCCCGAAGCCGAAGUGCAUCUGCAUCUAGUGAACGCGAACGAUUCGACAUGACGAAGGAGAACUCGGCUUAUCUCACACCGCAAGCUACCCACCGAGAUAGGAAGAUUGCUCCUCGGAAGCAUGUCCCACUUAGAAUCCGUGCGAACUCAGACCUCCAGAGCCCGAAAGCGGAAGGGCGAUCAGCACGACCAGCAGACCCUGACCCAAAGAGCCGCAGGCCGGCGCUGAUUUUCGCUCAGUUAGAAGAUUACAUUAUACGCUCUUUCAAAAGUUGCGAAUGCCUCAACAACUCUUUUACCACGAAUUCUCACCGAUCUAAUCGUUCAGCCAGCAACUUCAACCCCCCUCUGCUAGAACAAACGACCACCACUGAACUGCCAGCAAAUACAGCAGUCUUUGAACCCGAUGCCAAAACACUUCUCUUGGGCGAUUUGGCCGAGAACUCUUCCUGGUGGAUGAAUGAAUGGGCCCAGACUGACGGUAACCGUGGCCAUUCCAGGAAGAGCUCACACAGCGGAUCUCGAAUGGUCUCAUCGCGAAGCCCUCGAAUCAACUGGGCUGAUGUCUCUCAGUGGUACCAAUUGGUACUCACUGCAGGAAAUUCGUGGGCCGAGCAAUGGGCUGCGGAAAAGCCAACCAUCUUGCAGUCAGACGCAGACUUGACAAAGAAAAGGAGAUGGGAAUCUAUCGACCAGUCUGUGAUCGAGAGGGAGCUUGCCGAUGCUCGUAUGCAUCUUCAAAGGACUUUGUUGAAAGCCACUGAGAAUCUUUUGAAACGACCACGACGGCCUCUGAAGAAAAUUGACGAUACAAGGUUUCUUUUCAUCUUGUUGGCGAACCCCGUUCUUUAUUGGUCCCAUUCCCAGCCAAGUUCGCCAUCUCGAGAAGCUCGACGGCCGUCGACUCAGCACCAAGGCAAGACGCGACUGACGCCCCAGGAUGGCAAUGCGUCUCGAAAAACUUCUGGCACGUCUUCAGCGCGGCAAAGCAGCUCGAGUCAUCAUUAUGGAAUCGUCAAGCGAAUCUUAGGCCUGAUGUCCAAUACGUCCAAUGACUGUCAUCACUAUUUCGUGUCUUGGUUUUCGCGUUUCUCAGCCGGACACUUUGAGCGAUUGGUGGAGCUGAUAGGGGGGUUUGUAACCUACCGGUUGACUCGUCAGCAUGGCCGCAGACGGAGUGAGUCGGCGCAGAAUGGGAAUGAACUGGUCCCAAGCUUUGCCAGUGCCGCCGGCAAUACGCCGGCCGAGCUGCAUGCCGCUAUCAAUCGACGGAGCCCGAAUAAGAAAGCCGCUGCCAAAAAGGAAACCCCUAUGAUAUAUGAAGAAGAUUGGCAGAUCCGAGCCGCGGCCAGGAUGAUGUCGUUGCUCUUCACGGCCAACAAUGCAAAUGUCCCACGUCAACCGGACGGAGUUCUCGGAGCGCUAAAGACUGUGCAUCGCUAUGACUCUGCCGUGAAACAUUCGGGACACCGCCAGGGCCACAUGCUCCCCCUAAGCUCUUUCUACAACACCCUUCUGGACUACUCGGACUUGGUUGCAGACUUUGAAAUCUGGGAAUCUCGAAGUGCCAAAUUUUCAUUCUGCCAAUAUCCCUUUUUCCUCAGCAUUUGGGCGAAGAUCCAUAUCAUGGAGCACGAUGCGCGUCGUCAGAUGGAGGGAAAAGCCCGGGAAGCAUUUUUCAACAGCAUUCUGAACCACAGGGCUGUGAGCCAGUAUCUUGUGUUGAAAGUGCGGCGCGACUGUCUGGUUGAAGACAGCCUUCGCGGUGUGAGCGAAGUCGUAGGAUCUGGACAGGAGGAAAUCAAGAAGGGCCUCCGCAUUGAAUUUGUGGGGGAGGAGGGUAUUGAUGCCGGCGGCUUGCGCAAAGAAUGGUUUCUCUUGCUCGUUCGAGAGGUGUUUGACCCACACCAUGGACUGUUUGUUUAUGACGACGAUUCCAAGUAUUGCUAUUUCAACCCAAAUUGUUUCGAGUCGUCUGAGCAAUUUUUCUUGGUCGGGGUGCUCCUCGGGCUUGCCAUAUACAACUCCACCAUUCUGGAUAUUGAUCUCCCACCGUUCGCCUUCAAGAAACUGUUAGCGGCGGCACCGCAGAACACAGGACCUCAGCCAGCAACCUCAGCGCGAAUCAACUUCAAAUGUACUCUGGAUGAUCUUGCCGAGUUCCGCCCCGCGCUCGCCAAAGGGUUUCGAGCGCUACUGGAGUUCGACGGUGACGUCGCCGAAACUUUUUGCUAUGACUUUGUCGCUCAGAUCGAUCGCUACGGUUCAAUUGUCGAAGUGCCUCUCUGCGCUGGUGGCGAGAAACGACCGGUGACCAAUUCCAAUCGACGCGAGUUCGUCGACCUGUAUGUCCACUAUCUCCUGGACACGGCCGUGGCCCGACAAUUCGAGCCAUUCAAGCGAGGAUUCUUCACUGUCUGUGGCGGCAAUGCGUUGUCUCUGUUCCGCCCAGAGGAGAUCGAACUGCUGAUUCGCGGCUCGGACGAGCCACUCGAUGUGCUUUCGCUCAAAGCCGUGGCCAUUUAUGAAAAUUGGAAGACCCCCAAACCCGAAUCAGUCCCUGUUGUCCAAUGGUUCUGGAACUUCUUCGAGACUGCCGCGCCACAAGGGCAGCGCAAGAUCCUGUCGUUCAUCACGGGCAGCGAUCGCAUCCCCGCAAUGGGGGCAACCAGCUUGACGAUAAAGCUUGCUUGUCUGGGUGAUGAUUGUUCGCGAUACCCCAUUGCGCGGACAUGCUUCAACACGCUGGCCUUGUACCGGUAUGCCACGCGGGAGAAAUUGCAGCGUCUGCUCUGGGAUGCAGUCAUCAACAGCGAGGGCUUUGGACUGAAAUGA